CACCUGCUCCUUCCCUCUCCUCCCCCCUUGCUUUUUCUCCUUCUCCUUGCUCGCGGCCGAGAACAGACGGAUAAUACGAACGGUACGGGAAAGGCAGGAAACAGGAGAAAAGAGCAGGAACCAGGAAGCGGUCCAGAUGGCAAGAGGAGGAGAUUCGACUUACGUUGUCUAUGUAUGUACUUCGUGAACCUCGUUUUGGUGUCGAGAAUUGCAGGCCGCCUUGACACGAACGAUUCGUCUGCCGCCUUUGCCUCUGCCAGGUGCAACUGGUCCAAGAACGGCGGAAGCGACGGCCUCUUGGAGUGCGCUGACUGCUGUAAGGCCAAGGCAAAGAUACUGGGGGGAGGUCGACUCCCGCACGUUCAGGGCUCCCGACUUCGGGCAACAAGGGCAAGCACUGAAUUCACUGCGCGUGACUGCAUUGGCUUGCGUGUUGAUUUUUUGUUCUGGUUGCUCCAGGCUGUCUCGUUAGCCAUAAGUGUCUCGUAGGCCGGAAUCUUUGGCCAUGAACCCAGAUCAGGCACACGUUUGGUGCGUAAAUUCUUCGUAGCAACAAACAGCUCACUUGUUGGCAACGCGUGUUCUUGCAGCUGUAGCCCGGGGAUAGCGUCGGCCUCGUCUGAAUCCCGCUUCAUUUCCCCCCUUGUGGGGGAUCGAGGAGAUUGCAGUAGUGGACCAGUACACAUACCUCGGAGUAGAGAUCGCAAAAGACUACUCGUAAAAUGCACACAUGGCCAAGGUAGCGGAAAAGGGCAAAGCACAAGCAGGGAAGCUGCACCCAAUACUCGCAAACCGGCGCCUCGAUACACGCAUCAAAUUGACGGUUUUGAAGAGCGUAAUCGUACCGCCACUAGAGUACGCCGGAGAAGUAUGGGAAGGAAAUAAGAAGGUAGUGAAACAAGGCGAGGCGGUGCAGAUGAAAGCGGCGAAAAUCAUCCUAGGAUGCUCCAAGCGCACGAGUAAUGCAGCCGCCAGGGCAGAAUUGGGGAUCCAAUCCCUACGGUCGGGAAGAGACGCGAGGAAGCUGACAGGGCAGUAUCGCAUGUAUGGGAUGGGAGAGGAGAGGUUGCCGAGAAUUGUAUGGGAGGCGAAGUGGGCCAACAAGAAGAGGGCUAGACAACCCACGGAAUGGGUCAAGGUUGUAGAGGACGUAUGGAAGGGGCUCGACAUCGACGAAGAUGAAACGCUGGAAACGGAGGGUCUACAGGGGUUCAAGGAGAAGAUAUCUGUUGCUUGUGCCGAGAGAGAAGAACAGAAUCUGAGCAAAUGA